CUAAAACAUAAUACAGUGCAAACAAACCAAACCAACCACCCACAGAUAACAGUACAUACAAGCAUAGCGUCGUCAGGCAGGCCGGGUCAAUAUCAGUCGGGCAGGUAGGUACAGGGGGGAGCAAGCAGAGAGAAUGGUCGGGGUCACAGGCCAGGUAUCAGCAGGUAGCAAGCAGCGUAGUACAGAGGUGUCAGGCAGAGGGAUGGUCAGGAGCGAGCCGGGGAUCAGAGCAGAAGUCAGCAGCAGUUCAGAUCAGGCAGGGUCAGCAAAGGAACAGAAACAGGAUGCAGGACAGAUACAGGGCCCAGGACAAACACAACACCAAGGGCAGAGUCUGUGGGUCUGGCCA